AUGGGAAAGGAUGAAUGGGAACUCUUGGAGAAGCUCCCGGUGAAAGAGCUUCGAAGACAGGCUGCCCGGAAAUGUGUACCACUGACAGCGAUAUCUACAGCAGUGGAGAAGAGUGAUUUAAUCAACCUCAUCAUCAAAGCCGGACCAGUGCUGGACCAGUAUGACGUCAGCGUCGGCGUUAAGGUCUGGACGGCCGAGGCGGUAGACAGCCAUCAGCCAGGCGAGAAAAAGCCACCGAAGGAGAAAGACAAGAAAGCCAAGAAAGAUAAAGGUCGACCGAAGAAUGAGAAAGAGUUGGACAAGGCAAAGAAAAAGAAGAACAAAGGCGGGUCAUCUUCGAGCGAAGAGGUUUCUGAACAGAAGAAGAAGAAAAGAAAGAGAAGCAAAAGUCACAAAAGAAAAGGCAAGGCUACAUCCCGCAGCCCAAGUUUGACAAUGAUGUUGCCGGCAGAUGCACCUCUGCAGCUUGCCAAAGUUGAAGCAGGCCGAAAAGGCGCCCGCGGCACAUCCCGGAGCCCGAGUUUGACAAUGGUGGAGGACAAGGUUUCAGCACCUGUGACGGACCUGGAGGUUUGCGUGGUCGAGAUUCACGAGCCAGGUCUCAGUGCAAAUACGAACCCGAAGAAGGACAAGCCCAGGCAGCGAAAGAAAAACAAGGACAGGGGUGACGAGACCGAGAAGACCAAGAAGAAGAACAAAGGCCGUUCCCGUAGUCCAAGUCUGACGGUGACGGAUGCUCCCCCACAAGUUCUGGACAGCGAGGCGCAUCAGACGCAGAACAAUACAGAGCGCGCCCGCAAAGCUCAAGAGGGAACUGCUGACACAGCACAGGCAGGCGUUGCCGCUGCAGCAGCUCUGGGUUUCAACGUGUUACCGAAGCAGUCCAGCUAUGCGCCGAAUGCACCAGCUCCGGGCUUGCGUCCGUCACUCCAUGCACCGACUGCGUCACUCGGCGCAAGCUCCACCUCGCUGGGCCAUCGUGUGUGCGUGCAGUACCUUUGCUUUACGCGGUGUGAUCGUGGAAGCAGCUGUCCAGAGGCGCACAUCAUGGACCCAGAAGAGGAGAUGCGUGUCCGAGCGAAGUUCAAGCUGCAGGAGUGCAACCAAGGUGCAAAUUGCACCCGAACCAGUUGCCUUUUCAGACAUCCCGGAGAGCGUGUGGAAGAGGCCAGCUUGUCUGGAAGCCAGAUGCUGCAGAAGGCAACUCCGCAAAGCGGUCUCACGCGCUGA